ACAUAGGAAGUAGUGAACAGCUUUAUGAAUGUCCAAUGUGCAGUCUCACCUGUACAGACAUCCAGCUUCUUGAAGAGCACGUGGAUUUACACUUACAGGAACAUAGCUUUUCAGAAGGUGGAAACAUAAGAGAUCUAGAGCUGGCUCACCAGCUCCAAAUUGAAGAAGAUGAACGGCAGAGAUCAGAAGAGGAGAAGCGAGAGAGGGAAGAAUUUAAGAAGCUGCAGAGACAGUAUGGCUUGGAUAAUUCCGGAGGCUACAAGCAGCAAUUCCUAAAGAAUAUGGAAAAGGAGGUUGAUAGAGGAAGGAUGCAGCCUUUUGAAUAUCACAAGCGAAAAGCUGACAUGAUGGAUUGUUUGGCUUUUGGUAUAGACGAUGGGAAAACAAAGACCUCAGGAGUCAUUGAAGCAUUAUGCAAGUACUAUCAGAGCGAAAACAAAGAUGUGAGGCGUGUAUGGCUUUCUACAGGAGUGGAUCAUUUCCAGUCAUCUUUGGGUGACAGAGGCUGGGGUUGUGGUUACAGGAAUUUCCAAAUGCUCCUUUCCUCACUGUUGAAAAACAGCUUGUAUAAUGACUGCUUGAGAGAUACUACACUCAUUCCUAGUGUACCAAAGAUUCAGUCCAUGAUUGAAGAUGCCUGGAGAGAAGGCUUUGAUCCUCAUGGGGCAUCUCACUUCAACUACAAACUACAUGGCUCCAAAGCGUGGAUAGGAGCAUGUGAAAUUUAUUCACUGUUAACCAGUCUCAGGAUAAAGUGUCAAAUCAUUGACUUUCACAAACCAACUGGCCCUAUGGGUACACACCCUCGUUUAUUCGAGUGGGUUUUACGUUACUAUUCUACAGAUAACGAAGGUGGUGCAAAGGUAGUGUGUACUUCCAAACCACCCAUCUACUUGCAACAUCAAGGUCAUAGUCGUACUAUUGUUGGAAUAGAAGAGAAGAAGAAUAAAACCUUAUGUUUGCUACUUUUUGACCCGGGAUGUACUUCCCAAGAAAUGCAGAAACUGCUAAAACAAAACAGUGAUGGUACUAGUCUCAAACUACUUCGAAAAUUUGUGGGUGGCUUAAAAGAAAAGCAAUACCAGAUAGUGGCUGUAGAUGGUGUACUCUCACUGGAAGAGAAAGCUGCUUGCUGCCAUUCUUCUCAGGUCUUAACAUCAGAGAAGAUUCCUUAA